AUGCGAUCCAGUGAUGCCUCCUUUACUGGUCCAUUUGCCUUGGGUCCUCUGGUCACCUCUCUGCUCCUCGAGCUUCGUAUCCACCUCUCACCAUUUAUCACCAUCACACCCUCUCUGUUCCCACCGGCGGGUGCUGUUCUGGAUGCACUGGAGAUUGCAAUUGAAGGGGAGGAUGCUGUUGAAGGGGAGGACGUCAUCUGGGUCAGCAGCAGCGGAGAUAGCAGCAGCAGCGAUGACUCUGGACUGGAGCCCUUUGUCGAAUCCCUCCAAGCUCUGCUAGAAUAUGGAUCUGAUGCUGACGGUGACAGCGCCUAA